GGGCGUGGAGGCAAUUGCUAGACAAAUUGGUGGCGACACAGCUAAAUGGGUUGUACGGCAAGUGUGUUAUGUGAUUAAAGCCCCAACUUAUUCUAACGCCACUAGAUUCUGCAGAAAGAAAAUGCAGAAAAAUCGAAGCUGAUGUGGAAGAGUGGCUGAUUAAAGUGGAGAAGAUCAUCGAAGAGGCAAACAAACUGGUGAACGAUGAAUGCCAGGCAGAGAUGUGUUUCUACGGCUUCUGUCCUAAAAAUUUCAUAGCCUGUUAUAGUCCAAGUAAGCGAGCAACAGAAUUGGCACCCACAAUCAUUGAAGAAAUUGAAAAAGGAAACCAAUUUCGCAGUGUGUCAUACAGCAAUCCCCCACAAGAUACAUGGACUAAACCAGGGUACCGAGCUUUCGAAUCGAGGAUUUCUUUUGCAAAUCAAAUUAUGGAGGAACUCGCAGAUUCUAAUAUCUACGUCAUUGGGAUAUACGGGUUGCCUGUUGUCGGGAAAAGCACACUUACCAAACAAGUUGCUAGGCUAGCAAAAGAGAAGUUAUUGCUUGAUGUGGCCAGUAUAGAAGUUAAACAGAAUGCAGAUGUGGAAACAAUUCAAAAACAAAUUGCCGAAAAGGUUGGUCUGAAGCUCGAUGAAAGUAUGUCUAUCUCAGGACGAGCAUGCAGCCUAAGUGCCUACAUUAAAAACAAGAAGAAUAUUCUUGUAAUUCUGGAUGACGUUUGGGAACUGAUUGACUUGGAAAAUUUGGGACUUCCAUUUGGGAUAUGUAAAGUUCUGUUAACUUCAAGAAAACGAGACUUGUUAUCCUCUGAGUUUGGCACGCAGAAAGAGUUCCUACUGGAAGUUUUAACGAAAGAAGAAACUUGGAGUUUGUUUGGGAAUAUAGUAGCAGAUGAUGUUAAAGACCUUGAUAUUCAAGAAGUAGCAAUUGAAGUAGCCAAAAGACGUGCAGGUUUGCCCAUUUGGGUUGUGACACUUGCAAAAGCAUUAAAAGGUGGAAAUAUACACACAUGGAAAGAGGCUUUGAGACUUCAAAAAAGGUGUGAAGGAAAAGAAAUGCAAGAAAAAGCAUACUCGGGCAUCGAGUGGAGUUACGAUAGGUUGGAAGACGAGGAGGUGAAAUCAUUGUUUCGGAUCUGUGGUAUGCUGGGGGGCGACUGUUUCCUUGACGACUUGUUCAAAUAUACAAAAGGUUUGGGUUUGAGUUUGUUUGAAGGCAUCAAUACAAUGGAAGAAGCACGGAGUAGAUUUCAUGCAUUGGUUGGGAAAAUGACUCUUGUCUCUUAAUGCUACACACUAAUGAAGACCGGUUUACAAUACAUGAUC